UUAAAAAGGUAGCUACUGUUCAAAUGCUUAUUGUUAAUUCUUGUCCGUGGACUCGCGCAUUAUUCCCAGCUUAUUGGCGAUAUGUUCGUCAAGGAUUUGAACUCCAACGUUUUUUUCUAAAGGAAGUAGAUAUACAUCUUGAUAAAAUAAAAGAAUCUAAACAAUUAAAAGAAUCUGAGAUGGAAGAGCCUGAAUGCUUUAUUGAAGCAUAUCUUCAGGCUGCUAUAGCAGAGGGUCAACAUAUAGAGGACCCGGCAUUACGCCAAACAAUGGGAAUUUGUUCGGGAGAUUUGUGGGCCGCUGGUAUUGAAACUGUGGCUGCUACAAUGACCUGGGCGAUUGUUUAUUUGUUGAAUUAUCCAGAUAUUCAAUUAAAAUUACAAGACGAGAUAGAUAGACAUUUGUGUGAUCAACCUUUUCACUUUAGAGACCAAAAUAAUUUACCUUAUUUACGUGCUUUUGUUGAUGAACUCCAAAGAGUAGCUAAUGUGUUGCCUUUUACUGUCCCACAUUCUGUAAAGUUGGGUGAGUGGAUUAUACCCAAAGACACCACAGUUAUGGUACAACUGGGAGCUGUCCAUUUAGACCCAUCACUAUUCCCACAGCCAGAAGUGUUUCGUCCAGAGCGAUUUUUGGAUUCUGAGGGAAAUUACAAAGGAUCGGAAUUGAUAAAACCUUUUGGAGUUGGAAAAAGGAUAUGCCUAGGCGAUUCACUCGCUAAAAUGGAAAUAUAUUUAAUUCUAGCUGCUUUGCUACAAAACUUUCAUUUUGAAACUACAGAUGGAGUGAUCCCUUCAUUAAACAGAAAUUUUGGAACAGUUACACAUGCCGAUCAUUUUACUUUUAAAUUGAGCCUGCGAAAGAAGGAUGUUAUUCUAUAA